UCGUCACCACGUGACAGCAGGCUCCAGUAGCGGGGAGCGUUUGCGGAGUAUCGGUCAGAGCUCGCGCACACGGCCGUGGAGCAGGCGGACGCACGCUGCACAUCACCGCUUAUUAAAUAAACAGGAGCGACUGAGAAAGAGACUCUUACUCAAACCCGUCUGGACGCUUUUACAUAAAAAAAAAACACAAGAAAGAAAAGAAGCGAAGAAUUAAAGUUGCUGCUUUCUCGCUGACAACCAGAGACACUGAGCGCGCUGUUGGACAACAUGAUGCUGGACUCUGGUGUGUGCUCUGCGGUGGGACUCCUCAUCACCAUCCUCCUUACAGUCCAAGGCUUAUUGGCUCAGAAGGUGAAGGUGGAGCCAGAAGUGGUGUCCUAUCCGGGAGAGACGGUGGUUCUGCGCUGUCAGUUUCCUGACCCAGGCAAGACCCAGCUCACCCAGGUGUCUUGGAUUUUAGAGAAGAGCGAUGGCACCCGCACCAACAUUGCUGUAUUUCAUCCCACUUAUGGGGUCAAUUAUCCAGUCUCUCCAGUGGAGGGGCGUGUUAGUUUUAUCACCACUCCCACCACUCUGGAUAAUCCAACUAUUCAGAUCGAAGACAUCGCUCUGACCGAUGAAGGGAAGUACAUCUGCGAGUAUGCCGCUUAUCCCACCGGAAACGAAAAGGGCAUAACCUCCCUUGUUAUACUAGCCAAGCCUGUCAACUUGGCUUCCAUCAUCACCGUGCCUGUGGGCGACACUCCCGUGUCCGUAGCGCGCUGCGAGUCAGCCAACGGCCGGCCACCAGCCACCAUCACCUGGUUGACUUCUGUGAACGGCAACAGCUCAGCUCCCGUCACUGCGGACAACUCGGACAACACCGUGACCGUGCGCAGCGAGUACGUUCUCAAGCCCACGCCGGCCGAUGACGGAAAGGAGAUCAGCUGCAAGGUGACGCAUCGCACGUUACCCAACAGCGAGACCUUCCCCAUGAAGCUGGUGAUCCAAUAUCCUCCUCAGGUCACGAUUGCAGGAUAUGAUGAUAACUGGUACAUAGGGCGGACAAAUGUGGUGUUGACCUGCCAGUUUCGUGGAAACCCAGUUCCCACCACUGUGAACUGGAAAAUGAGCUCAGGCUUCAUGCCGGACACAGUGGAGGUGUCCCAGAAUAAACUGACCGUACUGAAGGUGGACGAGUCCAUAAACAACACGUUUAUCUGCGAGGUGACAAACAGCCUCGGGACCGGCAAGGAUCAGGUCGCUGUGUUCGUCAGGGAAGCACCCAUGCCUCCCUCCAGUGCAGGUGUGGUAGCAGGCGCAGUCAUCGGCAGCUUACUGGCCCUUCUAUUGGUCGGCGCCCUCAUUGCAGUCUUGAUAAGCCGCAGCCGCAGGCAACAACAGGGUUACCGAGGCAACAGCAAGGGAAACUCCGCCCCCUAUGACUCAGUGGCACGUCUCUUCGGCUCGUCAGGCAGCAAGAACGGCACCGGCAACCACGGCAACAAUAACGCACCCAUCUACAAGGGAGACGUGGGGCUCUCGGAGAAAGCCGGAAACAUGGGGCUGCACCAGGGGGGCGUGGCCUUAGUGGAGAAUACCCCGACAGCACAGGACAUCCUGCUGAGCAGCGAGCUGGACGAGGCCGAGCGCAGGAAGUUCGACGAGCUGGAGGAAGAGGACGAGCGCUACGACCAAUUCAGCGGUAGCGGGCCAAUCCUGCAGCUCCGCCCACACGAUGAGGACCCCACCUCGGCCUACCUCGACGACGACAUGGAGUCACAGAGAGAUGGCUCAAUCAUCUCCCGGACCGCUGUCUACGUGUGAGAGCGGAAGAAAGGGGGAGAUGGAGAGCGAGAGAAACAACAAGACGAGUGGAACGAGAACUAGAGUGGGCCUGCUCCCAAAGGAUUUUUUUUCCUUUCAGUUUUAAGAUUAUUCAUUUAAUUUUCCAAAUCUUAUUAUCGAAAAAACACACCAGAGAGACAGACAUGAACUAUGGAUGGAUGGAUGAAUGGAUGGUUGGAUAAAAACAAAUACAGGGCAGAUGCAGGAUGUGCAGAGUGGACACAUGGCAAAAACAUGACAUUUAUACUUCCUAUUUACAGCAACGGUUGUCAUGGAGGCAAUGACUUUAAAUGUGCACACAUUGUUAUCCAAAACACACAGACACUCUCUCUCAAACACACACACUCUCUCUCUCUCUCUCUCUCUCUCUCUCUCUCUCUCUCUCUCUCAAACACACACACGCGCCCUCUCUCUCUCUCUCUCUCUCUCUCUCUCUCUCUCUCUGUCUAUCAGGAUUUGGUUAAAAUUAUUUAUUUUUUCUUUUUUCUUUUUUUUACCUCUUCCUUGGGCCUGUAGAGCAAGUUUGAGAAGUCUCUUGGUGUGAUCUUGCUAUUCUCUCUCCUCCUUUUUUCUCGCUUCUUGGUGUCUCUGGCCCUCUCUCUCCUGUCUGCUAGAUGAUCUGAGGCUGGACUCUCCUGCUCAAGUGUUUUGUUAUAAGCAGCUCUUCCCAAACGAUUGGACACACAUCAAAGUCUUCACUUUGCCAAGCGCACUUAGACGCAUUAGAUGAAGGAAAGCAACAAUUAAGGCUCUAGUCAGCAAAUGGCUGUUUUAAAACAUCACAAGGGUUUUUGAUACGCGGUUUAAACACGCCGCUUACUAUCAAGCGAGCGCGCAAAGUCUUUUGUGCCCUUAUUAGAUUGAUCAAAGCGUCAUAAUAAAUUUAUCACCCUUUUAAACCCUUUAUCGCAGUUUUCUAACCAGAUUGUAUAGUAUUUUCAUCCAGUUUUUCUCCCCCAGAAGGAUGCAUGCUUUAACAUGAUCCCGUAUAUGAGGAAAGUUACGAAAACUCUUUACAUAGAGACAUAACAAGGAGCACAUGCUUCCUCCUGAUCACAGAGGUCCUGCUGUUGUGCAAAACAGUAUUGUGUGUGAAAUCUAGAGAUUGAGUCGUUUAUAUCCGCACAUCCCUAAUUGAGACAAAUCACAUUGCAUAUCUUCCUAAUUGCAGUGAAUUAAUCAGACUUUUACUUGUUUAUCUUUUAGAUCACGUAGCCAGACAUCCAGCAUUCACUACACUUUUCUACACACACGAAUCACACACCAAAUGUUUAACUGGUCGUGUCUGUAAGAGCACGUUUCCUCUUCCUGAUCCCUGCCUAAAUCACUCUUUUUAUUUAAUCUCAAGUCAUUCACCUGUAGUGAAAUCUCUCCCUUUUAUAUCGCCUCACCGCGCCGCUCCGGCGCUCACCGUUAAUCACAAGUGUGUGUUUUAUUUAGAAGUGGCUAAUUGACCCCCGUGAAUCCCACGGACCAACUUGCACCGGGAAAAAGCCAUCCGACGCGUACGCACUCAUUCAAUCACCCUGAGCUGCUUCUUUACCAGCCAGUGACCCGACGCGUAAUAAACCCCACGCACACGAAGCCUCGACCUUCCGUCUCCGCGCAUGCAGACGAUGUAAUUAACGGAGAAAAUCAUCAGCGCUGAUGCAUUGAGCUCUAAUCUCUAAUUGUACAAAGCUAAUUAAUCAACUCCAUAUUUAUAAAAGCUCACGUCCUAAUCGGUUGCCAUGGCCGCACAGUUAAAUAUAUCUCUCUCUGCUCUCACAGUCGUCUUUUCCCUGAUCCCUUUUUCUUUCUGAUCCCUACUUUUCAUUUAUCACUGUUUUUGUCACUUGCUCCGAAGGCAGCCGCUAUUCAUGGGGGUGCAGAAGGGGGGUGGGGGUGGGGUGUGUGUGUGAUGACAUUAAUCGUUGAGAUUGACUCUUUGUGUUUGUGUGUGUGUGUAUAUAUAUAUAUACACGCAUAUAAAUAUAUACAUACAUAUAUAUAUAUAUAUAUAUAUUUUGUGUAAGGUGUCCGCAACAUAUGUACACAAUUUAUUUUUCUUAAAUGAUGAUGAUAACGUGUUGAAGUCCAAAACAUCUAUUGUACAUAGGAGAAUAGACGAAACACUGCUCAUUAGGUAUCUCGGGCUGCAGAGACUCGGAAAUGCAUGACACAAAUGUCAUCGCAACACCAAAUUUAAAAAAAAAAAAAAAAGGUUAAUCUGUUCUAGAGAUAUAUCAAUAGAUGGUGUUUUCACACACACACACACACACACACACACACACACACACACAGAGUGUACUGUAGACACCUAUUUUUAGUGAGCGGUGAAGUCUCACACGCCUAUAGAGACCUAUUUUAGUAAGUGAUGCAGUCUCGUUCAGACACACACAUUAUAGAAAGCCAGCUGUCCACCUGAUUCUGUGUGUGUGCGUGUGUGUGCGUGCGCAUGUAAGUGUGCGUGAGUCAAAAUAUUAAACUGUGUCUGACUUGAGAGUAGUAAUUUCCUCCAGGGUCUUGGACACACACGGACACACACACUCGCACAAACGUAUGGACAGUGUGGUAAUUUAAACCAGGCAUCACACACAGUCCUGUAAAUUAUCACCAUCCCUGCUGCCCUUGAAUCUGUACGAGCGUCCAUCACUGAGCCAGUGAAAGGCAUGCUGGGUAAAGUAGUUUUCUCGUGUCCACAAGCAGGAUCAGGUUCACUUCGCUCAUCACAAGGCCAAAGGGAAUCGGUGCUGUGGUGCCGCUGGCUUUAGCGUGUCCGCUGCUAAUUAGCGGAGAACACAUCGACCUUGCGGCGCUCAGCUUCUUCAAGAAGCGAAGCAGCUAAGGACGGCACACUCAGAGAAUAUUAAAGAAGAGGUGUGUAACCUCAGAGCUAGGAGACUGCGAUGCAAUUCAAGGCUCUUAGCUCAUCAGUUUCAUUUCCCCCAGCUCUUGAUCCCUUCGUCCUUUACGCCGUCGUCGUCGUCGUCCACUUCUUUUCAAAACCUGUGUGAUUAGAAUUCGAAAGCCUUAAAUGUCACCUGACCAAACCUGUCUCUCUGUAAAUAGUAUAAAUAUUAUAAAUAUGAACAUGUGAUGAUGAAGAAAAAUAAGAUUGAGUAAUUGAUGUCACAUUUUGUGUGUGUGUGUGUGUGUGCGUGCGUGCGUGUGUGUCUAUCCACAUGCAUACGGGAAUCAUGAAGGAUUUCUCUUCUUCAGUUCGGACUGACUUGUUUUUAACAGCUUUUAAUUUGUUUUAAACCAUCUUGUUGGUGCUCACGCAGUGCUUUAUUGUUGCAUUUUGAAUUUUUGUGCUACGAUGCUAAUGAUUUUACUGUGCCCUGUUUGCCGAACAUUCUGACACUUUACCAACUUCACUAAACAAUGUCAUGUUUUAGGAUUUCUUUUCCAUUUUUUUAGGGUUUGCCAGUCUUUGUAAUGUUUUUGUGUUUUUUUUUUUUUUUUUAAUUAUUUGGUUUGUAAUUAAAGUAUUUUAAAAAAAAAAAAAAAAAAAACAAACUGCUAAUGACGUGUCAAGUGUGUUGUGCACUUCUGUCCUCUAAGCUCCUUGAACUGCAAGUGCGAGAGUGUGUGUGUGUGUGUGUUUUGGCAUUAUUUGUAUAUCACCUGUCACAGAUAACCCAAAUACAAGGUUUAAAACAA